GUUUUGUUAAGUUUGUAGAACCCAUCAUUCGUAUAAAAGACAAUGAUUGAAUGGAGACUGAGUUCCUUAUGCCCACGCAAACCGAUCGGUCGUUGCCAGACUCUUGAAUGUCCUACGGUCCUAGCAUUUGUUUGGAUAUUAGAAACCCUUUGGCUGCCCAAGUCUCAUGAUGAGCUCACGACGUUUAAAUUUGUGAUGGGCCAGUUCAACACCAAAGAUGGAAAGAGCUUAACGGAAGUGUUCACGGUCUUUUUCUUUUUCAACUUUGAUAUCCAGCUGGCCAGGCGGGACACAGUACUUGGUUGUUCCCAAAAAUCCUUGAAUCGAGCUGACUCUGACUUGCAGGGAUUUUAACGACCGAAAUAUUGUUGCCUCCUUGCUCGAAAAUCGGGCUUCUCAGGCUUCAUCAAGUUCAAAUUUUAUAGCUAUUAUUCCAGCCAUGCGGCCACAGACGCGCGCAAAAACUACAGCAUCCGCUCCUACCCAUGACAUUCCAUCGUCAUCUCCUGCACCGGCCACUACUUCUUCGCCAACUCGUGCUACACCGUAUACGCGUUCCAAGGGACCCGCAGCGGCAUCAGCAGAACCGAUUAACAGUACUACUGCUCAACCUCGCGUUCGUACACCACUGACAAUCCGCCUACCAAGAGCAUCGCUUGUAGGACAUGGGACCACAUUAUCUAUCGCAAAUAACGUUUCUACAUCGUCUCUUACCGCCUCUGCACCUGCUGUUGGUAUUAAUAUCGGUGCUGAUGCUCCUAUUCCCACCUCAUCCAUACGCACCCCCAUACCUGCACCUACUCCGCGGGUACUUACACCACCCCCGACGUCAUCCAGUGUAUCACAACCUACAUCCACAACCUCUCCGCAGCCUCCUUCAUCUGCGCUGCCGCCAGCUAUCACUGCACCAAAAACUACACCUGUAUCACCCACCCGCUUACCUGCUCCACCUAUUUACACUUUCCCACCACCCCCACCACCUCCAAAUCACGUCGAUGACCCUGCAGCUGUAGCGCGUGCCUCAUCGACAAUACAACUCCCCGCAUCUGUGACAGCAAGUGCUAAUGCAGCAACUCUAUCAGCCCUAUCUGCGCAAUCUGCAACAUUAGCAAAUACCUCAGUUUCCGCUUCUCCACGCUGUCCUACACCUCCUUCCUCGUCAUCGCACACGACACACUCUACAUCAACAACCCUACGCCCUGUUCAGCGCACGCUAGCAAUGGCUUCUGAGUCGCAGAUCGUCAGCCGACAGACACCUCGGGCUCAAUAUCCCACUCCAUCCUCAGCAGGAGCUUUACCUUCUCCGGCUUCUGGCGUAGACAUCGAGUCUGAUUAUGCAGGCGAUGCAAUGGAAGUGGAUACAGAAGGGAUUUCAGCGAUGAUGAAUAGUCGCAAUAACUCGACAGCUCCAAAGACAUCAGACAGACAUCGCGAGGCAAAUAAAAAAUACAGGCAGCGGUUGAAGGAAAGAAUAAAAAAUGGCGAGAUUGAUGAACUAGAAGCUGAGAGAAUGAAAGAGAGGAAGCGAAUUAAUGCCCGUAAUUCUCGGUGAGUCGAACAUAACUGCUGCAUUGUUUCAUCAAUUCAAUCAUGUUGGUAGUGCUCGAAGAAAGCUGGCGAUGCGCAAUGAAGCAGCUAAAGACAAUGGCUCCAUGUCAAGUGUCGAGCCUGGUCCUC